AUGUCAGAAUUGCGUCAACGUCUAGUUGGUGGAAUCAAUUCUGCUACUGGUGGUUCUGGGUCUACUGGCAUCUUAUCGGACCUCAAAAAAUACGAUGCAUAUGCUAAACCACUAGAUGAUUUUCGUAUCAGAACUAUUAGUGGUGCUUUAGUCACUGUGGUCUCUACACUGGUCAUCUUAUUCCUGACCUUUUCAGAGUUUACCGAUUGGUAUCAAAAAGAAAUGCUACCCAGUCUCGAGGUCGAUAAAGGUCGCAAGGAAAAGAUGAAUAUCAACCUCAAUGUCACUUUUUAUCAUAUGCCUUGCUAUUUAUUAAGCGUCGAUGUCAUGGAUGUUUCUGGAGAGCAUCAAAACAAUCUACCACAUUCAAUGCACAAGGUUCGUAUUGACCAACUGGGCAACUUACUUGAAAAACAAAAAAAACUUGGAAAUACCAAUUCAUCUGGUGUAAAAAAGGAAAUUCGCGAUAUGGCUCUAGAUCCAAAAUACUGUGGUAGUUGCUAUGGCGGUGUUGCUCCAGAAUCAAAAUGCUGCAAUACUUGUGAGCAAGUUCAGGAAGCUUAUGAACGAAGCGGGUGGUCUUUUACUGACCCUGACUCUAUUGAACAGUGCGUGCGUGAAGGAUGGUCAAAACGGAUGGAAACUCAAAUAAACGAAGCUUGCAAUAUAUAUGGUCAUAUUGAAGUUAACAAGGUGCAAGGAAACAUUCAUUUUGCACCUGGCCACAGUUUUCAGCAAAAUGCUUUGCAUGUUCACGAUCUACACGACUAUAAUGCUCCCAAUGGAUCAUUCAACUUCAAACACACAAUCCAUGAACUUUCGUUUGGUGAAAGCAGCUCAUUUGUUAAUCCACUUGACACUGUAACCAAAACACCGCCAACAAAGUAUUUUUCAUAUCAGUACUACAUCAAGGUUGUUGGCACUGAUAUCAGCUAUUUGAAUGGAUCACAGUUGACAACAAAUCAGUUUUCUGUUACUGAACAUGAGCAAGAUGUGACGCCUCUUUUUGGAGCUCUCCCCAUCGGCAUGCCAGGAAAGUUGUUUUUCAACUUUGAAAUAUCGCCCAUGUUGGUCAAGUUUAAAGAGUUUCGCAAACCAUUUACUCAUUUUUUGACUGAUCUGUGUGCGAUUAUUGGAGGUGUAUUCACUGUUGCUGGUAUGAUUGAUGCACUUUUAUUUGCCACGCAGCGCAGUAUUCAGGCAAAGGUGGAAAUUGGCAAGAAUACGUAA